AUGUCAGUUUCAAACAAAGAUAUUGCUGCUUUAAUCAUCGAUUUUUUAUCAACUGUUGUUGAUAAGAAUGAAGUUUCUGAAGACAAUGCUGAUUCAUUAAAUGUUGCUAUGGAUUGUAUUGCAGAAGCUUUUGAAUUCGAAAGAGACUCCGUUGCUGGUGUUGUUAAAUCUUCAUUCCAAGGUAAUUCUUUGUCAUCUUAUUUGAAUGGUAGCACUAGUGCUUCUGCUGCUACAACUACUGCAGAUGAGACCGUUAAAGUUAAUGUUACUGAAGAUGACACUGAAGCUUCUGAAGCUGCUGAAGCUUUGAAAUUGGAAGGUAACAAAGCUAUGGCUGGAAAAGAUUAUGAAUUAGCUAUCAAAAAGUAUACUGAAGCCAUUGCCACUCUUCCAACUAACGCGGUUUAUUUUGCCAACAGAGCAGCUGCUUACUCUUCUUUGAAGAAAUAUGAUGAAGCUGUUGAAGAUGCUAAUUCUGCAAUUAAAAUUAACCCAACUUACUCUAAGGGUUACUCUAGAUUGGGUUUUGCUAAAUUUGCCCAAGGUAAAGCUGAAGAUGCCUUGGAAGCGUAUAAGAAAGUUUUAGAUAUUGAAGGUGACAAAGCUACCGAAAUGAUGAAGAGAGAUUAUGAAACUGCUAAAAAGAAGGUUGAACAAUCUUUGAACUUGGAAAAGAGCACCGUAUCAGGUAAUGCUACCGCCGAAUCUGACUCUGCAUCUGCUGCUGAUCCAUUUGCCGGUAUGGGUGGUAUGCCAGAUUUCUCAUCUAUGUUAGGUGGCGGUGGUUUAGGUAAUUUAUUAAACAACCCACAAUUAAUGCAAGCUGCUCAACAAAUGAUGCAAGAUCCAGAAGCUAUGAAGCAAGUGGAAAGUAUGAUGCAAAACCCUUCAGUUAAACAAAUGGCUGAUCAAUUUUCUUCAGGUAACGGAACUCCAGAUUUUAGCGCAUUGAUGAAUGACCCAUCUAUUAGAGAUAUGGCUAAAAAUAUGUUUGGUAACGGUGGCUUCCAAGGUGCUCCACCAAGUUAA